GUGGGAAAAGUGAAAGGGAAACGUUGAGGAGUUGCUUCUGUUCCGUUUCUCUCAUUGCACUCACAAAUACAUUGUUAGUUGUUACCUUUGCAAAUGCAAAUGCUUUUUCUUCUGCGUCUCAAAUAUCUGACAAGUUAUAUAUUCCAAACCCCCUCUUCCUUUCACUUGCAUUGCCGGGGAAAUUUCCAAACUGGCGAGUCUUCAAAUUUCACUCUUUCAGUCACUCUAAUGCGCCAUUAAUCUCUUUCUUCAUUUUUAGAUCAUAAAUGUUCUUACUAAAUGGUCACUGAACCAAUCAUCUCACACCUUCUUGUGUGUUUCUGUCUUGAUUUUUACUUAUUUUAAUUAUUAUGUUCAAGUUGCAAUUUUUUCAUAUAUUGAAAAAAUAUUAUGCCUUUUUUAUGUCUUUUUGAAUGGUUGGCCUUCGUAUUGUCUUGUUUAUUAUGCUAUGGGCCUAUCAUUUGAUGUGAUGAUGUUGAUUUGUUUUAUUAUAUUAAUUUUAACUAAUAAAGUAUAAUCUUUUCAUUCAUUGUUUGCUAGAGUUAACAGUUAUAGCGGCAACUGCGAUUUAUUUGACCCAAAACACACCGUAUUGUUGCAUUGCCACACAUAGCUUGUUGAUUUGCCUAUUAUGUAUGCAUGUAAAUAUUUUGUAUUGAUGAACAAAGAUGGAUAGAAUAAAAUAAUGCUAAUUUUCAUUAUUUGGAUUGUUCAUAUAGGAUACAUCAGACAUCAUAUAAGUCAGAAGGACUGAUAUAUCUAGUGCCUUAAUGUUUUUCAAUUGGAUAUGGUGUCUAGUUCGUUGGUGUGGUGUACUCUUGGCGUUUGAUACCCUGUUGUGCUUAAUGGCAAAAGCAGUAUGCUAUUGUAAUUCAUCAUGAAGUUCAUCGUGGAUGCUUAGACCAUGGGUUUUUGGCAAUUUAUGUCUUGUUAGGACAAAGAGUUGGAAUUCUUUUUGGUACACAUGAAGUUUUCAACCUUUGAUAUGGUCAAGAGUCUAGUUGGCAUUGCCAUCAUGAGACUAUAUCAGAUCAAUACAUGUUAUUCACCCCCACUUUUCUUUCUGAUUUGAGGACUUUCUUCAUUCUUCAUGAAUUUAUAACUACUUAUUAUUUCAGUCUAGUUAUCCAUAUCGUGCUGAAUUUAAUGGAUAACAUGUUAUCAUUCCUAUGUAAUUUUUUGGGGUUGCUUCCAAUAAUAUAACUUAUUUAUGUUCAUGCUAGCAUAGUUUUUUCAUUGUUUGGCUUUUAUACUCUUGCAGCUUUAUCUUUGUUUCAGGUUGUAACUGCUGUCUCAUUUUAUAAGGAGUGCUUAAUCACUUGACAUUGUUUUAUUACAGUUUUUGAAUUCAAAUGAGGACAGGGUCUUUGAUUUUUUCCUUAUUGCAAGUACCCAGAUGCAAAAUACACAGCUUAGCUAAUUAUGGGGAAGAAGCAUUACACGGUUUCAGUAAGGCUUAUGGAAACAACAAUUCUAGCAUCAGGCUACUUGGUCCUAGAAUUUAUGGUCUUGAGAGAGGACUCAAUACUAAGUUGAUUCAAAGACUUAUAGCUACAAGAGCUGAAGGAAGUAAACAAACCACUUGUAACACCAAAUCAAAAAUUAACAAGGAUGAAAUUUUAGCAAGUGCUACUGCGAAAGUAAAUAGAACACGGCUAGAUCAGUCGCAGAAAAUUCUGUACCCGGAUGUGCAAGAGAUUGCUCAGUAUGAAAACUUAUCUGAUCUGGUUACUAUUAUUGUUUUUGAUCUUGAGACUACAGGGUAUAGCAAAGUAAACGACCGGAUCAUUGAGAUUGCUCUUCGAGAUCUCAAGGGUGGUGAGAACAGCACUUUUCAAACUCUUGUAAAUCCUCAAUGUCAUGUUCCUAAUUCACGUAUUCAUGGAAUUUCUACGAAGAUGGUGAACAUACCUGAUGUUCCAAGGAUGGAAGACCUGAUUCCCAUAUUGUUGCAGUACAUUAAAAGCCGUGAGAAACAAGGAGGAUAUGUGUUAUGGAUUGCUCACAAUGGUCGUGCUUUUGAUGCACCUUUCCUCAUCCAUGAGUUCUUCCGUUGUUGUGCUGAGCUUCCUCGGAACUCGCUGUUUCUGGACACCCUUCCUUUGGGACGUGAACUGAUCAAGUCUGAAGGAAGAAACCUUUCUUCAGCAUCUCUUGUUGCCCUUCGGGAGUUCUACAAAGUUAAAGUGGAUGGAUCAGCUCACAGAGCCAUGGUAGAUGUGAACACAUUGUCUCAGAUACUUCCAAUGUUGACCUAUGAUCUGAAGCUGACCUUAUCUGACCUCAUCCGAAAAUCAUUAAACAUUUCGGAUUUGAUAAACGCUAAGAAAACGAAGAAGAAUUCAUACUAGUAACCAAAUAUAGGUGUUGAAAUUGUGGAUAGGUAGAUGUAGUGUAGGGGCUUAAACAGUGAAACUUCCUAGGGAAAUGGUGAUUAAAAAGCUGACAUUGUGUGCAAUGUUAAUUUAUAUCUUCUAUUAC